AUGGUCUGCAGAAUCUCUUACUUUCGCUCUGAUUUGAGCAUGCCAAAUGAUAUUUUCAUUGUUUUCAAAUAUUGA